AUGCAGCCACCAGCUUCCAACGAGCAUGCAAAGCGGAUUCUUGAUGAUCGGAACUUGGUGAAGAGCCUGCGAUAUGACUCGCAGUUCUACAAGACCAAGCUCUGCAUGUUUUUCCAAAGUGGGCGGUGCAGCCGAAAGUUCUGCAAGUUUGCCCACGGGAUGGACGAGCUGCAGUCUGCUCCAGACCUCAGGAAGACGGCGAUGUGCAAAGCCUUCAUGACCAAUGGCUUCUGCGAUCGCGAGGACUGCAGCUUUGCCCACAGCCUGGAUGAGCUCCGGGCUACUGACAAGUUCUACAAGACCACCAUGUGCUGCUUCCACUACUAUGGCAGCUGCAAGUUGGGCAACCUAUGCCGACAUGCGCACUCGAAGGAAGAGCUGAGGAGUCUUCCGGACAUGCCCGGCUUACCGGAAGAGCUUGCCGCCGCCAUGCUGUCCGAAGCAGGCAGUGUGAUGACCAGAGGAACCUAUGGCGAUCCGGCGCGCCUGCAGGUGGGCCCCCGUCAGCCUGGGCCCCAACUCGCCGACACCUUCUCGGGCCUUGCUGAGGAAAUGGAGGUACUCAAGCAAAGCGUGCUCGAAGGCCAGAUGCAGAUGCGGAAGCUGAAGCCCAACGACUCACGCCUCCCCGAGCUGCAGCGGAAAGAGCACCAGAACAUCAACCGACUGCAGCAGAUUACAGAGCUGCAGACGCUGCGGAGAUACCAUGCCUCUGCUCUGCAAAAGCGGCAGGCAGACAACCCGGGCAUGGUGCAAGAACAGCAACUGCCGAUGGAGCAGCAGAAUCUGCUCCUCAGCCAGAAGAUCCAGCAGCAAAAGUUGCAGCAGCAACAGCUCCAGGAGCAGUUACAGGAGCAGCUGCAGCAACAUCAGAAGCUGCAGGACCACCUGAAGCAGUCUCAGAUGCCGCUGGGUUGGACGCCUCCAGGCGCCCUCCAGGGACUCCCCGGUCCCCCCAAGGAUCAGGGACGAGGUCAGCCUGCGUUCAACCAGAUGCAGUUUCCUGACAGUUUGUCGGGCCUUCUCGCCCCAACACUCGGACUUGGUCCGACAGGGCCAGACGCGUCCCUCCUGGGACAUCUUUCGCAGAUGCCCAUGUUGGCGCAGGACUUACCCUUGCCGGAUCCCCUGACGUCGCUGCCGUUUCGUCCCGAACAAUUGCCUGGUUUCGGCGUGGACCCGCUGUCCCCGGCGACGGCGAUGACCCAGAUGAUGUCUCAGGUACCCAACCUGCGCGACUUGAUGCCUGCGAUGCCCCAGCCCCGAGAGGCAUCCAAUGCUUUGCCACUGUCGCAGCAGCCACUGCACCAGGCAAUGGGCAGCCAGGCGCCCGCUUUCCCACAGGACAUGCUGCAGCCACAGCAGCUGUUUCAGCAGAUGAAUCCGCCGCAGCCGCCACCGCUGCCGCAGGCGCUGCCGCAGGCACUGCCGCAGGUGCAGCCGCAGGUGCAGCCGCAGAGACCGCAGCAGCAGAUGCUGCAGCAGCCGAUGAUGCCGCAGCAGCAAGCACCGCAGCAGCAAGCACCGCAGCAGCAAGCGCCGCAGCGGCAAGCGCCGCAGCAGCAGAUGCAAGGCGGGCAGCAAGCGUCUCAGCAGAUGCCGCUGCAGAUGCAACCACAGUUGCUUCAGCCGAAUCCCGGCUUCGAUGAGAUGUCCUCUCCGAAGCAGCUGCCAAUGCAGAGAAUGCCGGCUCCGCAAGCUGAGCCGCCGAUUGCGCAGGAUUCUGGGCCGAAAGCAGCGGCAGACUCGCAGAAGGAGUUUCACCUGUUGCAGCAGCAGAUACAGUAUCACCAGCACAUGCAGCAGAAGAUGGAGGAGCGCAUGCAGAAGUUGAAGGAGCUCGGGCAGCUGGGUGUCUUCCGACAGGAAGGGGGCAACCAGCAGAUGCAGGCCACCGUGAUGGAGGAAGAUGAGGACGAAGAUGACCUGGAUUCCCUAGGCCCCAUCCCUGGAUGGUCCCGCGAAGGGAGCUUGAGGGAGCCCGUGCGGAACAUGGGAAUGGCACAGCCUGCGAUGGGUGCAAUGGGCUCUUCUCCCAAGCGGCUGUCGCGCGCCAUUGACGAGUCGAAGGAGCUCGACGAGGAGGAUGACUUGGGCGAAGACCCGAAUUGGGUGCGAGUGAGAACCAUGCCGCCCACAGUGGGGCCGGCGGCCAAAGCUCAGGCUUUGCGCCAACAUGGCGCUCCUCUGCCCACAGGUAUGGAACACCAGUUCUCGCCCUCCGUGGCCAGCACUGCGGACACCGCAGCCGACCGGCCCCCGAAGAACGAGUCGGUGCGGUCCGAGCCGGAGGAGUGCCCCCAGGACGACCCGGGUGGAGACGACCUGGGGGAGGACCCGGUGUGGAACAGGGUGCACUCGACACCUGCAGGUCUGUCAAGCUUGGAGCUUGCGGAGUUGGCAUUUGCUCAUCUGAGAUGGAUCUAUUUUGUACCAGACUAUUCCGUCCAUGGCGCGCGGCGUUCUGGCUCUUCGGUUCUACUGCUUUGCACUUAA